GUCUGUACAGUGUUCUUAGAGCCAGUGAUGAUGAUGAUGAUACUCCCCCACCAGUACCAGCCUAUAAUCCUAAUGGAGUACAAGAAUACUCUGAACUGAAGAGAGAGGGAGAGAAAAAGAAUAAACAACAACAACAACAAGGAGCUGGUCCACUUUAUUCAACACUCAAUCAAGACGAUGAUACUCCUCCUCCUGUCCCUCCUGCCUAUAAUCCUGAGGAACUACAGGAAUACUCUGUAUUGAAGAGAGAGGGAGAGAAUAAGGGUCAACAGGGUCUGUCUACUGGUGCUACUGGACUAUAUUCAACCAUUAAUAAAAACACCAACAACCAGGUGUUAGUUGAUGAAUCAGCUCAUAAGCCAGUGUAUGCUGAUCUGGCUAUUGCUGCUAAAGGGAAGAGACCACAGGCAGCACCAACACAAGAACAACCAGUGGUAUAUGCAUCAGUUAACAACAAAUCUGUUCCUCCUCCAGCUGCUCCUCAUAAAGUAUUGUAUGCUGAUCUAUCAAUAGCAGCUGGUAAUAGAACACCAAAGAAUAAACCACCCACUGAGGAAAGAGUAGUCUAUGCAGCAGUCAAUGGAAAUAGGAACUUCACUACUCAAUCAAAACUGAGAGAUAUGGUACAUGUCAUAGUCCUACCUCUUGUCUCAUGGCAGUUAGGAAUCCUUGAGGAUUAAGGAAACCAGUCAUCCGAAACAGAUCAGGACGUCCUCCAAAUACCCAGGACCUGAACUGAGAAUCCCUCUCCAGCAACUCAGUAAACCAGAACCCAAUGGUAGCUGAUUCCCACAA